AUGUGGAAUAUCAUUAAUGCUGUAAGAAACAGAUUUAGGAGAGGAGCACCAGCAUACUUGAAGAGCCCUGUCAUUGCUCUUCUUCAUAUCUCAGACCUUACAGUGGGAACCACGGGUGAUCACAUAGAUAACUUCAAUGUUAUGGGUCUACUUGGAUUCCACAACAGCAAAGACCGAAGAGCAGCACUGAAUCACCAAAGGUAUUUUGGUGUUUUGGAUAUAAGUUCUCAUAGCCUUGGGUGUUUGAUUAAGAUUCUUGUUAGUUCUCCAAUGAUGAAGUCUGGCCCUGUGUUCAGUCAGAUGGAGCACUGUUCUUUUUCUUCUAUGGAUAUAGAUCAGAUACUGAUUUAUCAGCAAACUGAACUUCUAGAAGCUGUUACAGGCUUUGAAAGUGCUAACAAAUACAAAAUUGAGAAUAGCCAUGGACAGAAGGUUUACUAUGCAGUGGAGUACACUAAUUUCUGUACCCGAAAUUGCUGUGGGGCAUAUAGGCCUUUCACCAUGAGGAUCUUUGACAACGUGGGGCAAGAAGUCAUAACUCUGAAGAGGCCACUAAGAUGUAGUUCAUGUUGCUUCCCGUGCUGCCUCCAAAAGAUAGAAAUCCAAGCUCCUCCUGGUGUCCCAAUAGGUUUUGUUUCUCAGACCUGUCACCCAUGUCUCCCAAAGUUUACAGUUCAGAAUGGGAACAGAGAGGAAGUUCUAAAAAUUAUUGGACCAUUUAUACUGUGCAGCUGUGGAGCAGAUAUUGAUUUUGAGAUCACAUCUCUUGAUGAACAAACAGUGGUUGGCAAGAUUUCCAAGCACUGGUCUGGUUUUGUGAGAGAGUUAUUGACAGACACCGAUUUCUUUCGGAUUCAGUUCCCAUUAGAUCUUGAGGUGAACAUGAAAGCAGUGAUGCUGGGAGCUUGUUUCCUCAUUGAUUUCAUGUUUUUUGAAACAACUGCAAGCAUGAAAAUACAUUUAGGGAUGUGGUAA